AAAAGCAUUCACCUCCCCGUGUAAACUAACCGCGGUUAAAAUCCCCUUCCCGCUCCAAUUCCCCUCGUCCCCAAUUAUAAAAACCCCAACAUAGCGAAAAACCAGACCCACAUUGCCUUGUCUUCCACCUUUGGCGUCUUAAUAAACGCCCGUUCUCUUUUUCUCAGUCUCUCUGUUACUUCCAUUUUCACCUCCUCUCCUUAGCUUUCUAGGGUUUUCUUUCUCUUAGCGAAAAUGAGGGAGUGCAUCUCCAUUCACAUCGGUCAGGCUGGUAUUCAGGUCGGCAAUGCUUGCUGGGAGCUUUACUGUCUCGAGCAUGGAAUCCAUCCUGAUGGCCAGAUGCCAAGUGAUAAGACCAUUGGGGGAGGUGAUGAUGCUUUCAACACCUUCUUCAGUGAGACUGGUGCUGGGAAGCAUGUUCCUCGUGCUGUGUUUGUAGAUUUGGAGCCCACUGUCAUUGAUGAAGUCAGGACUGGGACAUACCGCCAACUCUUCCACCCUGAACAGCUCAUCAGCGGCAAGGAAGAUGCAGCCAAUAACUUUGCUCGUGGCCACUAUACCAUUGGGAAAGAGAUUGUUGAUCUGUGCCUGGACCGCAUCCGAAAGCUUGCUGACAACUGCACUGGCCUCCAAGGGUUCCUGGUUUUCAAUGCUGUGGGCGGAGGCACUGGUUCAGGUCUUGGCUCCCUUCUACUGGAACGUCUGUCAGUGGACUAUGGCAAGAAGUCCAAGCUCGGGUUCACUGUCUACCCCUCUCCACAGGUUUCAACCUCUGUUGUUGAGCCCUACAACAGUGUCCUCUCGACCCACUCCCUCUUGGAACACACUGAUGUUGCUGUGCUGCUGGAUAACGAGGCCAUUUAUGACAUAUGCAGGCGCUCCCUUGACAUUGAGCGUCCUACCUAUACCAACCUUAACCGCUUGGUUUCUCAGGUGAUAUCAUCCCUGACUGCAUCCCUGAGGUUCGAUGGUGCCUUGAAUGUGGAUGUAACAGAGUUCCAGACUAAUCUUGUGCCAUACCCCAGGAUCCAUUUCAUGCUUUCGUCCUAUGCUCCCGUUAUCUCAGCUGAGAAGGCCUAUCACGAGCAGCUUUCAGUUGCAGAGAUCACCAACAGCGCAUUCGAGCCUUCAUCGAUGAUGGCUAAGUGCGACCCACGCCAUGGGAAAUACAUGGCCUGCUGUCUGAUGUACAGAGGGGAUGUGGUGCCCAAGGAUGUCAAUGCAGCUGUGGCCACCAUCAAGACCAAGCGCACUAUCCAAUUCGUCGACUGGUGCCCAACUGGAUUCAAAUGCGGAAUUAACUACCAGCCCCCAACUGUUGUUCCAGGUGGCGAUCUUGCCAAGGUUCAGAGGGCAGUGUGCAUGAUCUCAAACUCCACCAGCGUGGCUGAAGUGUUCUCGCGCAUUGACCACAAGUUCGACCUCAUGUAUGCCAAGAGGGCAUUUGUUCACUGGUACGUGGGCGAGGGCAUGGAGGAAGGUGAGUUUUCUGAAGCCCGUGAGGAUCUUGCUGCGCUGGAGAAGGACUAUGAGGAGGUCGGUGCCGAGGCUGACGAGGGCGAAGACGGUGAUGAGGGAGACGACUACUGAGACAAUUUAAAUGAUAUUAGUGGUAUCAUUUUGUUUUCAAAAGCAUGUAGUAACAUUGAUCUGGUUUUCUUUGUUCCUGAACUAAAGACUUCUCAAUGACAUGAAUGUUGUUUAACAAGGGAUUUGAUUGAAGCCAGAAGAAUUCCAAAACCUAAUCAAUUUACCUAUA